CCUGACGACAAGAGAACAUGUCUUUCCUGUAUGGUCUAGACCUCUUGUUGGACCCUUACAGGGAAUUUUCUGAGCUUUUUGAAAUAAUUCAACGGGAAUUCAUAAAGAUGGAUGUCGGCCCCAAGUCCAAUAUGGAAAGAUUGGCUUGUCCCGGUUUACGUGCAGUGCCUACACCGUUCAUCCGUCUUUGUAUAAAACAUGCCAUUCCAACAAUCCCUAGGUGUCAUUUUCGGUUGCGCGGUCUUCGCCGCCGCAUUUCCGGCAGGCGGUAACAGGUCGACUGCUCAGUGCAGAGAUAUCCAAAUUCCUGUCACCGUCGAGGUGCCGCGUUUCCUCAUCAGCACCAGGAUCCAGGAUGACUGGGACGCUGUGGCCCUGAGCUUCAACCUCACGCAGCGAAACAGCCCAUCUGCCGUCACCGGCACCACGGGCCCCGUGAAGAGCACAUAUGACGUGGGGGCUACAUUUUGUGGAAACGGCUCGACAACGCUUAUACUCACACAUGGAAUUCUGGAAUCCAAAGCGUACUGGCAGCCUGACUUCCCAGAUGCCGAGCAGUAUGACUUCAUCAGUGCCGCCGUCGAUGCGGGCUACUCGGUUCUAAGCUACGACCGCAUCGGGGUAGGCUCGUCAUCAAAGAUCGAUUCUCUGAUGGACGCCCAAUUCCAGGUCCACGUAGCAGUGCUGGACGCGCUGAUCGAGCGCGAGCGCAGCCAAAGACCCGAAAACAAGAUCGCACUGGUUGGCCACAGCUACGGCGCGUACCUCUCCGCGGCGGCCGCUGCGCUGUCCGAUCAGAUCGACGGCGUGGUGCUGAUGGGCUUCGGCGGUAGCUUCAAUUACUUUGGGCCAUUCGUCGCAGGCUCGGGUCUGCGCGUCGCAAAGUUCCGCGACGAAGAGCGGUGGGGUUCGCUGGACGCCGGGUGGCUGACCACGGUGGACAAGUAUGCCGACACGUACAUCUACUUUGGCAUGCCUGGUGAUUUUGAGCACCGCGCGGCCGAGUGGACUCACACGCGGGCAAGCGAGCCCUUUGCGAUCGGGGAGCUUCCCUCGCUGACUUCGACUCCUAUCGUAUUUGGCGAUAUCAAAACGCCUGUGCUGCUGCUGCAGGGACGAUACGACCUCUCGGCUUGCGGUGGGGACUGUGUUGGGGAGCUUGAGGCCUGGACGGAAAACCUGACUGGGUCGCCGGCUGUGGAAGUGGUUGAAGACCUACCGGCUGGGCAUAACAUCAAUCUCCACCUCGUUGCGCCUAAGGCGUUCGGUAUAAUGUUCGACUUCCUGAAACGAAAUGGGCUAUGAGGAAGUAGGGGUGUUGAACAGUCAAUAGUGGUGUAGUAGGGGUUCUGUCUGAUCAAUGUGCAAGCAAUACCUCUUAGGAAAAUGGCGAAUGGAACACAUUGGGGUUCUCCUCCGCAUAUAGGAAUUGCCGUUGCAGGAAGGUGAGUGAAUAGCGGCCAAAGCUGACACGCUUCCCAAAGCCAGUGGAAACUUCAGCCCGAGUUGGACAAAAGAAUAAAUAUACUUAGAUUGGGUUGGGCAAAAGAUCAAAAACAUACAACACCGAGGAUUCCCCAGUGGUCACCCACCUGAGUACUAGUUCGGCCCUCACUGGUUUGACUAGGGGAG